AUGAAUAACGAUUAUAAGAAUGGACAAGAAGAGGUUCCAUUGCUCUCAGAUAAGGGAAGCAGUAACAAUGCUAAUAAUAGACGUGCCUCAACAGUCUCUACACGAACAUCUGGCUCUAGACGUAGUGGGUCUACGAAAUUGAUUAAUAACCAUAUUACGGAUUUUGAAAAUGUAGAUUCUUGGGGGAUUUUACAUGAAUCGGACACAGAUUAUGAUUUGGAAAGGGCAGGUAGAAUAGCUAACUCGAACACUUUCAUAGAUCACAGGCCAGUCAUGAAGACAACUGAUAGUAGCAAUACGAAACCUAGAAGCGGAUAUAAUGUGACAACACCGUUAAUUAAAAAGAAAACUAGAGCUUAUAGCGUAUCCAGUGCGAAAUAUAGUAAAGAUAGCAAAACGACAAGUAUUCCAAGAAGAGAUACUACCUCGAAAAUAGACACUUUAAGACAUAGUAAGACUCAUGCUGUCGGCGAUGACGUGGUGAUAGAUGUGGACGCCCUGUUACAGGAUGUACGAAAGAAUAGAUCAAGGGAUAAGAAGUCUCAGCUGUCGAAUCUUAGUAGUAGUGAAAGUGAUGAGGAUGUCGGGUUGGAUGAAGAGGACGAAUAUAAUUCUAGACCUUCAUCGAGAGGAUCCUCAUCGAAUUCGUCACUGGAUGAUGUAUGUCUGGUGUUAGAUGAUGAAUCUGAUAAAUCAAAGAAAAUGUGGCCUGAUAUAUCAGUGUUGGAAGAAUAUUCAAAGGAAGAGACAGCAAGAUUGAGAAGACAAGCGAUAGAAGAUGCAGAGGCAUUCCAUUAUCGGUACGAUACUGAGGAUGAUGAUGUAUUCAACAGUUCUUUACAAGAUAUGAGAGAAACUAGCGGUUUUAAUGAGGAUCAGGAUCUAGUGAGUCCCAUCGUGUCUAAUAAUAGAGAACGAAUCUUGUUCUCAAAACCUAUUGUCACUAAUAUUGAUGUCCCUGAAUUAGGUAACAAACAAGUCAAUGAAGCUGCGUUAUUACGUUCAGGUAGAUUAAGACCUAAAAAAAUUGCACCAUGGCAUUUAAUGCAACGCCAAGGUUCAGCAAAUAAUGCUCAAAAUAAAGAUAUUAUAAUGAAUGGUGAUGCUAGGGCAAAAUUAGAAGAUAAACAAAUGAGAGAUAAUUUUCUUGUUGGUAGAAACAUUCAAUACCCGCCACAUAUCAUUUCAAACAAUCCAGAACAUUUUAAAUUCACGUAUUUUAGAAUCGAUUUAGACUCCACGGUGCAUUCACCAACUAUUUCAGGUUUAUUACAACCUGGUCAAACAUUUGAAGAUUUGUUUGUGAGUUCUGUGUAUGGUAAUACCAAGAAUAAUAAUAAUGGUAACACCACUGCAAACUCCAUUGCACCACAGAAGGAAUCUUUACAACAACCAUUACCAAUGAAUUCCAAUGGACCUAAACGUGUUCCAUCAUCUAUUAAAUUUCAAUCGGUGUCACCUUUGGAUACAAGUGCAGCUGGAACCGUUACAGGAGUUCCAACAGCAUUAGGUCAUAUUAACAAUGGUAAUAAUAACAAUAAUGGGAGUAUCUUACAAUCUUUGAAUAAUGGUACAUCGUUGUACAAAAAUAUCUCAGGUGUAUCGACUAUGAUUGAAGAUGAUGUUGCUCCUUUUUGGUUGGAUGUAAGUAGUCCCACUGAAGAAGAAAUGAAAGUAAUUAGUAAGACAUUUGGUAUUCAUCCGUUAACCACUGAGGAUAUCUUUUUAGGGGAAGUUAGAGAAAAAGUUGAAUUAUUUAAUGAUUAUUAUUUGAUCUGUUUUAGAAGUUUUGAUAUUGUUGCUGAAAAGCAUACAAGAAGACAAAAGGAGAAAACUAAUGGAAUUGAUUCUAAUGGGAACCCAACAAUGGGAUCUGAUAAUGGGAAUCGUGGGUUACUAAAUUUAUUAAAGAAGUUUUGGUCAGGAGAUAAGAAGAAUCAAGAUGAAGUGACUAAAUUAUUAAAGAGACGUGCUUCCACGAUGUCUUACAGUAGUAGUUAUAAUGGGCCAUCGUCAUUAAAUACUAAUAAUACUCAUAAUAAUCCUGUAAGUGUUAAGAGUGCAUCUAGUCAUAAUAGGCGUAAAUCGAUUAUAAAGAAAAGACAAGAAAGAGAAAGAUUUAAAAGAAAAUCCGGUGAUCGACAUAAACCAAGGGCGGGGGAAUUAGAGCCUUUGAAUGUAUAUAUUAUUGUGUUUCGUACAGGUGUGUUAACGUUCCAUUUCGCACCAACUCCACAUCCAAUCAAUGUGAGACGUAGAGCUCGUCUCUUGAGAGAUUAUUUGGAUGUGACAGCCGAUUGGAUUGCGUAUGCUUUGAUUGAUGAUAUCACAGAUGCCUUUGGGCCUAUGAUUGAAUUAAUUGAGGAUGAAGUUUAUGAUAUUGAAGAUGCGAUAUUAAAGAUGAAUAAUAAUGAUAGUGACAGUGAUAGUGAUUUAAGUUCGAGUUCGGAUGAUGAUGAUAAUAAUAAUUCCAGUUCCGAUGGUGACAAUUCCAGUGAAAAUGUUGGAUUUUAUCGUAAAUCUUCCAACAGACGUCGUAUCAAUCGUAAUAAUAGCACUGUAGGUGGGAUGGGUAUUCCACGUAGUAUUCCGCGCAGUGGUCGAAAUGGUGUGUUUAAUGGCAAUGGUAGACGAUCCAGUUAUACAAAUAGUUUAUCGAGCGGUCGGACGAGGUCCUCGGUGACAUUCAGUUCGAGUACGAGUUCUAGUUCGUCUGGUUCAUCGGGAGCGUCUACUUUCAAUGCGAACCUAAUUGGAUGGAAGAAGAAAGGAGAUAUGUUGAGACGUAUUGGUGACUGUCGUAAGCGUGUGAUGAGUAUUCUUCGAUUACUUGGUGCGAAAGCUGAUGUGAUCAAAGGUUUUGCCAAGAGAUACAAUGGCCAAUGGGACACCACGGCGCAAGCCGAGAUUGGGAUGUAUUUGGAUGAUAUCCAAGAUCAUAUCAUUACGAUGGUCUCGUCGUUGAAUCAUUACGAGAAGUUACUAAGUCGGUCACACUCGAAUUAUUUGGCACAGAUCAAUAUUGAUAUGACCAAAGUGAACAAUGAUAUGAAUGAUGUACUUGGCAAAAUCACUAUAUUGGGUACGAUUGUGUUGCCGAUGAAUGUCAUCACUGGUUUGUGGGGGAUGAAUGUGUUGGUGCCGGGCCAAGCCGAGGAAUCGUUGAGAUGGUUCACUAGUAUUGUCGGAACAAUGGUUAUCUUAGCGUACAUUGCGUACAUCUACACAAAGCGCAAGUUUGGUUUUUAG